GGUAGCGUGGGCCGCCUUAGUAGUAGCUAGCGUGGCCGCUUCCUCCGUUCUAAAAGCCGAGAGUUCGAGAACGUUUUGCGCGGAGGGGCACUCCAACUAAUAAGAAUGGGCAUUCAUGGCCUAACAAGCUUUGUAGGGGAACAUAGCGAAUUCUUUGUUGAUCUGCAUCUGAGAAACAUAGAUGUAAUAAUUGAUGGAAAUAAUUUGUAUCAUCACCUUUAUUUUGAUUCAAAUCUGGAUAUCCGGCAUGGUGGGGAUUAUGAUUCUUUUGCCGAUAUAACACGUCAGUUUUUUCAGUCAUUGGCUGCAUGCCACAUACAGCCAUAUGUUGUGCUGGAUGGAGGUAAUGAUGCAUCUAAUAAAAAAUGUGCAACCUUAAAGGAACGAGCUAAGGAAAAGAUCCAGGCAGCCCAUUCUCUUUCUCAUGGUGGUGGUGGAAGUUUAUUGCCUUUGCUUGUCAGAGAGGUCUUCAAGCAGAUUCUAACUGAACUACAAGUGCCUUUUGUACAGUCAUUUUCAGAGGCAGACAGGGAUAUUGUAUCUUUAGCCAAUCAGUUGAGUUGCCCUGUGUUAACUUUAGAUAGUGAUUUUUGCAUUUUUGACCUCCAAUCAGGCUAUUGUCCUCUAAAUUAUUUUCAGUGGAGAAAUCUUUGCAAAUGUAAAGACUCACAAGAAUGCUACAUCCCAGCACGGUGUUUCUCAUUAGAAAGAUUUUGUAGACAUUUUAAUAUGAACAAAACCCUGCUGCCUCUUUUUGCAGUAAUGAGUGGCAAUGACUACAUAAAUCUGCCAGCUAUGGAAGUGUUUUUUAAUAAAAUACACCUUCCUAUAAAGAAAUCCCGGCGGAAGAGUAGAAAGCAUGACCGCAUUCAGGGACUGCUGAACUGGUUAUCUCGUUUUGCUGAUCUUUCUGAGGCAAUGGAAAAUGUAUUGAAGUAUUUUAAAAAGCAUGAAAAAGAAGACAUACGACAGCUUCUCUCUUCUUUCAUGGGAGAAUAUGAACCAUCUAAUGUCAAUCUCAAAGAUUUUUUCCAGAGUGGUAUGUAUGAAUCUGAGGAAAUGAAGAAAUUAAAAUUACCACAGUGGAUUGAAACACACUUAAUUAAAGGACAACUAGCACCAUUUGUCAGUGAUGCUCUUAUAUUAAGAAGUACCAUCCUUCCUGUUCAGGUAGAGAAUAUGCAGCGAGAUAGUGCUCAUUCCAUAACUUUGCCAAUUAGACAGGUUAUCUAUUGGUUACUGUUGAACAUUGCACCAAGUUCCCUUAGUCCCCCUUUGAACAAACAGCCAACUUCAUUUCCUCCUGUCUUCUAUGAAUUUGAUAGACUCCAAAAAUCACUCAAGAAAUCAUCUGUUCAUGUAGCAGAACUGGCACAGAAAUUUCCAGACAGCUGGUAUGCUUUGUCUACAUUAAAUGAGGCACCCAUCGCAGAGCGUCUUCUAUUUUUGUUUGAGGUGUUUGGAGUAUCAGCCUGUAUCCUUGAACCAGUUCCUUGUUUGCUGCAGCUUCUUAUGGCUGUAACCUGUUACUGGACCCAGUUUUCAGAACCCAAACUGACACUACAGCACAUCAAGGCUUUACUACUUGGAGUAACAUUUGGGGAAUUAGGUAAGAUGUUGCACAUUCCAGAUCCUGAAAGAUCACAUGCUGAGGUCAAUAAAAUUGUACAUGAACAGUUCUUGAAAUGGAAAGAAAAUAAAUCCCCAAAAGAUUAUUUGGAAAUAGAUGUUGCACACACUUUCUGCCAGUGGCAGUGCUGCCUGCAAGCAGGACUGCAUCUCAACCAGCUGCUUUGUAGACCUCUCCCUGAGCCAGAUCUUACACGGCUUUAUAAUGGGACCCUUGUCCAUAGGUUGUAUCAUCAGCUUAAAUCCAGUUCCACACCAGAGAACCUCCUCAGUACAUCCCCAAAGAUCUACAAGCUUUAUUGCAGCAUGGUACAGAUAGUCAAAGAUUCAACACCACCAGGUUUCUUUCAGAAGUCAAAAUCCCAAAGGAAAAAGAAUAAGAAAAUUGUCAGUAAAUUGCCAGAUAUACGAGAAAGCACUAUGAUGGACACUCUGCCUUUCUGUAGUACUAACAGGUUUGCAACACUGGCAAUAGAGAACUGAAAGCUCAGUAUUCCAAGCUGGUUAUUGAUAUUUAUCUGUCUUUGGGUUUGAGAAGUUAUUUCUCAAAAGAAUUAAAGAAGUAAUGCUAUUAUAAUGAAUUUAUUCCUUUGGUAAUUGAGGAACAUGAAAAAUUGCCGAAUUGUUUCUAAUAUUGGAUAAAUUUUCAGAAGAUAUUUAAAAAAACUAAUCUUACUUUGGAAAAGUUUUCUGAAAGAUGUUUCAAAGCCUACCUAUUGUGCCAUCUUUUUCAUUGUUUUUUUGUAAA